AUGUCUCCUUGUUCCCGCCAUCCAGUCUCUAAUAUGCUCAACAAGCUUCACGGCCAGCCUGAAAGUUACGACAAAAAGGCCAAGUACCGCUUCGGACGGACGCUCGGUGCGGGAACAUAUGGUAUCGUCAGAGAGGCAGACGGGCCUGCGGGCAAGGUGGCCGUGAAGAUUAUCCUGAAGAAGAAUGUCAAGGGCAACGAGCAGAUGGUCUACGACGAGCUCGAGAUGUUGCAGCGGAUGAAGCACCCACAUAUCGUCAAGUUCGUAGACUGGUUUGAAUCGAGGGACAAAUACUACAUUGUCACCCAACUUGCGACUGGAGGAGAGCUGUUUGACCGUAUCUGCGAGCAGGGAAAGUUCACAGAAAAGGAUGCCUCGCAGACCAUUCGGCAGGUUCUUGAAGCCGUCGAUUACCUGCACGAUAACAAUGUCGUCCACAGAGAUCUCAAACCCGAAAACCUACUCUACCUAACACCUAAACCCGGAUCGGACCUCGUGCUCGCAGAUUUCGGAAUCGCAAAGAUGCUGGACUCGAAAAAUGAAGUACUCACAACCAUGGCGGGGUCAUUCGGCUACGCUGCCCCCGAAGUCAUGUUGAAGAAGGGCCAUGGAAAGCCGGUCGAUAUGUGGUCUCUUGGCGUUAUCACCUACACGUUGCUCUGCGGUUACUCCCCGUUCCGCAGCGAGAACCUCCAAGAGCUCAUCGAGGAGUGCAGCACUGCCAGAGUCAUUUUCCACGAGCGGUACUGGAAGGAUGUCAGUGACGAUGCUAAGGACUUCAUUGGGCAUCUUUUGCAACCCGACGCAGAUGAUAGAUCCACUAGCAAGCAAGCACUCCGUCACUCCUGGCUCAGCGGAGAGAACGCAACCGACCACAACUUGCUUCCCGAGAUCAAAACAUAUCUUGCGAAAGCACGCCUACGCCGCGGCAUCGAGAUUGUGAAGCUGGCUAACCGCAUCGAACUGCUCAAGAUGCAGGAGGAUGACGAAGACGACGUGCCCGGUCAAUCCGACGUCCCCACCGACGCCAAAGCCGCCGCUGGAGCAGCCCUCUCAGGUAAAGAUGCUGGAGCGAGCUCGGAGACUAGCACCCCUGCCGCUGCGCCUACAGCCGACGCCGCCGGAGGCAAGAGAAGCCUGAGCAAGAUUGCGAAGGGUGCUAUCUUCAGAGAGAUAGUGUUUGCAAAGGUACGGGAGAUGAAGGAGGCCGAGAAGCAGCAGCAAGUUGAAAAAGAGGCGCAGGCGAAUGCAUCCAAGGCUAAGUGA